AUUUCAGGUUCAGGUGACGUGCCCGUGACUUUUACCUACACCUUUGAUAUCGGACGCAUGGUUGCCGUUCUUUUGACUCUGCCAAAGUGGAGCAAAGAAUACUACAUCAUUGGCGACAAACUUACAUGGAACCAAGUCCUUCAGAUUGCCGAGGACGUCAAGGGCGUCAAAUUUGACGUCAAAUACGAUUCGGUCGAAACACUCAAACAGGGACACAUCACUGAGCUCCCUUCUCAUCUACUCGCGUACCCCUUCUUCCCUAAAGAACAGCUGCAAGGUCUCAUCUCUUCGUUCAACCUCUUGGUGAACAAUGGAUACUUUGAUCUGAAGCCAACCGAGGAGCAAAACCUGAAUGAGCUCUUCCCAGAGAUUAAACUAAAAUCAAUGAGGGAAAUCAUUGGAGCAUGGAAGGGAAAAUAG